CCAAUGCUUUAGUGAUGAUGCUGCUGAUCUAUUUGGGAAGUUGGCUCGCUCUCAGCUUCGCCGAGCUUCGUCUUCUCAAAGGCUCUUCUCACACUGCAAAUAUGCACAGUGCAGCCUCAGUGCAUGAAUGAAAAAAAGCAUCUCCUGCCUUCCCAGCCGCCUGUCCACCAUGGAUCCCAAACCUCACAUCUGCCUCUCCCUGCUGCUGCUGCUGCUGUCCCAGGUUCUUGCAUUUGCUGCUGCUGCACGAGAUUUCGACUGCAUCCCGGGAUUCCAACAGAAGAUAUUUUACAUAGAGCAGCCGCUGGAGUUUCUGGAAGACCAGCUUGUCUUAAAUGUGCAGUUUGACGAUUGUCAAGGUAACGAGGAGGUGAGAUACGAAGUCUCCAAUCCCAACUUCAAAGUGGAAGGCGAUGGAUCGUUAAUCGCGCUGAGAAACGUUACGGAAAAUAUCCGGGCGCUGUUCAUCCACGGGCGCUCCCCCCACUCCGACGACAUGGCGGAAGUAAAGAUCCUCGGCAGGAAGGAGCGACAUAACUCCAUCAAGAACAUGCUUAAGGUACCAAGACAUCUCUCACUUAUGCGACACAGGAGAUCGAUUGUGGCCCCUCCGGUCUCAAUGGCCGAGAACCAGCGAACGCCGUUCCCAAAGAUUGUGGGCAAGGUUGUGGUGAGUGACAAGUUACAGGGAUCCAAGUUCCGCCUCUAUGGAAAGGGCGUGGACGAAGAACCAAAGGGAAUAUUCAAGAUAAAUGAAAAUACCGGAGAGGUCUCAGUGUCCAGAUCCCUCGAUCGGGAGUUGAUUCCAUCUUACCAGUUGCGGGUGGAAACCAUAGAUGAAAGUGGAAAAACCAUUGAGGGCCCAGUGGAUCUAGAAGUCCUGGUCAUCGAUCAGAAUGACAACCGACCAAUCUUCAAGGAAGGACCUUACGUCGGCCAUGUUCUCGAAGGGUCUCCAACUGGUACCACAGUGAUGAACAUGCUGGCGUUUGAUGCGGACGACCCCACAACUGACAACGCCGUUCUGCGCUACAAUAUCCUCAAGCAAACGCCCGACAAGCCCUCGCCUAACAUGUUCUACAUCGACCCUGAAAAGGGCGACAUUGUCACGGUGGUGUCCCCGGCGAUGCUGGACCGCGAAACGUUAAUAGCCCCGCAGUAUGAAUUAAUAGUGGAGGCCAAGGACAUGGCCGGGAUGGAUGUUGGAUUAAUCGGCACGGCCACCGCAACCAUUGUCAUCGAUGACAAGAAUGACCACCCGCCGGAGUUCACAAAGAAAGAGUUUCAAGCCACGGUAAAGGAAGGAGUUACGGGCGUGAUGGUCAACCUAACGGUGAAUGACAAGGACGACCCUACUACUGGAGCAUGGAGGGCCGUUUAUACCAUCAUUAAUGGAAAUCCAGGCCAGAGCUUCGAAAUUCACACCAAUCCCAACACAAAUGAAGGGAUGCUUUCUGUGGUCAAGCCGUUGGAUUGCGAGAUUUUGGCGUUUCACACUCUUCUAAUCAAAGUCGAGAACGAGGACCCUCUCAUCCCAGAUGUGGGCUACGGAGCCAGCUCCACCGCCACCGUCCAGAUCAAUGUCCUGGAUGUGAACGAGGGCCCGGUUUUCCACCCGGACCCCAUGAAAGUGUCAACGCCAGAAAAUAUCCCGGUUGGAUCUAUGCUGCUCACUGUAAGUGCCACCGACCCGGACACCUUGCAGCACCAGACGAUCCGGUUCUCAGUGCUGAAGGACGAUGCUGGCUGGCUCUCCAUUAACUCACUGAACGGAACAGUCAACACCACAGCGCCACUCGACCGGGAGUCUUCGUUUGUUCGCAACAACACGUACACGGCCCUGAUCCUAGCAAUAGACAAUGGCACUCCUCCAGCUACUGGCACGGGGACAUUACAAAUUACAUUAGAAGACGUUAAUGACAACGCGCCAUACAUCAACCCAACCUCGGCCAAGAUGUGCGAAGACUCCAAAGAUCUCAACGUUAUCACUCUGGUAGCGUGGGACCGCGACCUUCAUCCGAACUCCGAACCCUUCAAAUUCGACCUGGGCAAACAAGCCAGCCCGGCGUGGAAAAUCAACCAACUAAACGGUACUCACGCACAGGUCAGCCUUCUACAGAACCUGAAGAAAAACAAUUACAACGUGCCGGUGGUGGUAACGGACGCCGGGAAGCCGCCCCUGUCCUACAGCACGGACCUGACCAUCCAAGUGUGCUUGUGCAAAAAAGGCAGAAUAGACUGCAGUUCGGCCGACGCCCCCCACGUCAGCGCGGCCCUCGUCCUCCUCUUCACACUCUACAACCUCUUCUGUCUGUAAGCACCGGGAACUUUUUACGCUGGCUACCACAUCGCCAUGGCAACAGGAAGGAAGGACGGGGAAGGGAAAAAAAAAAGUGUUUACCGGAAGACUGCAGUACAGAAGACCGGGCUUCGGCCGCUCUCCAGACUCUCUGUUUAAUUUGCAACCUCAAUUAUUCUCUUAAAAAACAAAAAAACUAAACAAAACCGGGACACCAAUCCUUCGCCAGCCUCUGACUCUGCAUUCUUUUUAUUAACGGGAUCGCUGCUGGAGUGCCGCAAGACUGCAGCCCCUCCCCCACCCCCCCCCCCCCCCCGAAAGACACCGGGAACACAAGUUGUUUGAACUCGUCCUGCUCCAGACGCAACCAUCGCAUCUCCCGACGCUCGCCGUUUCUUUCUACUCUUAUUGUACCGAUUGACCGAAGAAAACUAAAACUGUUUUUAUUUU